UUGAAUAUUGAUUUGAAGAUAUCUCCGCUGCAUUUGGUGAUAUGUUGAUAAUUCGAUGCGCGUUAUUCACCUCAUAUGCUGACAAAUACACAGCACGACAUUCGGUUUGCGCUAUGUCAAGUCUGGUCUAGGUCAAAUCCAGAGAAUUUGCUGUUUUGCACAUUCUGUCCGAAACAUUCAAAUCGAGGUAUCUCCGCUUCUAUUGAAGAUAUGUCGACAAUUCGAUGCGCCUUACACAUCACAUAUGCAGCAAAGUACAGCGCAAAUCCUCUUGUUUACUCUGUGGAAACUCUGGUCCUGGACAAAUCCAAUGGUUUGCCGACAAAUCGAUGUGCCAUAUACUCCACAUUUGCUGCCAAAUACAGAACACGACAUCCGGUUUGCACUCUGUUAAAUCUGGUCUAGGUCCAGACCAGCCCAGUUACUGUUUUGCAUAUUCAUGCUUCAAUAUUCAAUUGAACGUAUCUCCACUGCUAUUCGAAAUAUGUCUUUAACCCCGUGCGCGGUAUACUCCAUAUAUGCUACAAAAUACGUGGAAUGGCAUCCAGUUUGCGCUAUGUCAACUCUGGUCUAGGUCAAGACCAACGUAGUUUCAGUUUUGCAUAUUCAAGCAUGAAUAUUCAUCUGAACGUGUCUCCGAUGCUAUUGGUGAUAUGUCGACAAUUCGAUGUGCGUUAUACAGGUCAUAUGCUGCCAAAUACAGAGCACUACAUCCGCUUAGCGCUAUGUGAAGCCUGAUCUAGGUCUAAUCCUGUGUACUUGCAUUUUUGCACAUUCGGUCUUCAAUAUUCAUCGAUUUGUCGGCAAUUCUAAAAUAGCAGCGGUAAUACGCUCAAUUGAAUAUUAAAGCUUAAAUAUGCUUCAAUGUAAUACCAUUGGAUUUGUCCAGGACCAGAGGUUUCACAGAGUAAACAAAAGGAUGUGCGCUGUACUUUGCUGCAUAUGUGAUGUAUAACGCGCAUCGAAUUGUCGACAUAUCACCAAUAGUGUCACGUCCCGCGCUACGCACGUGACGUAACGAAAACUACAAUAAGUAAAUUACAUGAGCAGUCAUUUUAACACACAAUAAACUAAAAAGAUUAUAAAAAUAAUAAAAUAAAAUAAAACACUAACAAAAGAUUAAUCAAAUGUAGACGCACGUGAUACUAUUACAUAAGGGCGACUAACGAUUUGGAAUAUACGUACAUAUAUAAGAAACGCGAAGAUACAUCAAAUAGAAUCAAUUAAAAAACUAAUUAAUAAACUA